GCAGAAUAAUUAAAUCGCGCAUAUGAGAAUUGCCAGGGAUUUUUUUCUGUCAUAGGCUGACCAAUUAAUUUUUGAGAAAAACUAGAAAUGACUGAUAUGGGGUACAAUCGUUAAACUUUAGUGUUGAGUUUUUAUUCAAAAGUGUUAGUUAGAAGGUGAUGGCGUAUAUUGGUACCAAGGAAGAGGGCAAAAGAAAGUACAGUUUGAUCAAGAAAUGAAGCUAAACUUUGGGGAGUUAAAUGACUAACAGGUGAAAUAAAUCUGAAGAAAUGUUCUUAAUUAUUCAGGAUGCGAAGUGAACCAUAUUGGUGGUAGAACAAAUACUGACCUAACAUUUAAAAAAUUGGUGCUUUGAUGCCAUUCUGAAAGUAUAUGUAGGUGUGUAUUUUAAGGACCAGAAUAACGUAACUCUAUGCGCUCCUUGUACAAGUAAAAUUUGGAAAUUCGUCCAAUUAAAAUACUACUUGUACUACUGAAUACUAGAGGUUGCAGAGAGCAUGAAAAGAAUUGUACCUAUUAUAUGCUAAGUUUCCAGUUCAGAGUUAUGCCCCACAACAUGUUUGUAGCUAUAGAUCAGAAUUUGUUUCAGUAUGUAUGGCCAGUAUGGUUUAAUCCCUUUGCUUUCGACAACGGAUGGGAACAGAUGUACCGUAAUAUGCUUUUUUAUGCUUAUAUUAUUCUAGACCUUCAUGUACUUACUUUCGCCAAUAAAUUUUUAUUUUUAACCUCAAAAGUUUUAUAGCUACAUGCUUAAAUUUCUCUCCAUUUUAAGCCUAUGCUUAUAAGGCUUACGUGUACAACGUAAAAAAACAAGUUCUCAUAAUGAAGAUUCGUGAAGAUUUGAAAAGAAGAGGAAACACAAAGUUGAAGCAAAUAAUCACAAAAGGAAGAAGAAUAACAGUUCGGUGUAUUUGUAUUCGUUUGAAAGUCUAUUCAACGAUUCAACAAGUUUUGUUCCAUAAUAAAUCAACAAAUUCUAUAUUUACUGAAACUUUUUUGAGUUGUUAUGAACGCCAUAUAUUUUUAUUGCGUUCGACUUUUUUUCUUCUAUUUGAAGAGUAGCGAAAUUAAAAUUUUGUCUCUAAGCAACCAACAAAGAUCAGUGGAGAGAAUUUUCAUCCUUCUAUACUUCUUAUUUUUGUUUGGGUUGGUUUUUACCAAUCUUUAUUUGCCGAGAAAACUUCCAGUAAAAAGACUUUUAUACCGCCGUCCAGUUAGAUGAUGAAUUUGCAGGGCAGAGCACGUGCUAAGAGCGUGCCACUUGUAAAUGCACAUACGAAGGAGAGUGGAGCGACAGGCUGGAUAAAAUUCAACAGUUUUCAUGGAACAACCGUUAUUGUUAAAAGGUCGGCCGUCAUAUCACGAUGUCGCACAAAAGCGAAAGAGAAAUAUCGGAAGAAGAUUCUGCGGCAAGAAUUUCGCGUAAGAAGCCGAAGUCUAGAAGAUUUACAUAAGUUUAAAGAACACAAUAAGGAUAAUCCUACUAAAGAAACGAUCUUGCAUAAAUACGGGUACAAGCUGAUUGAUUCAGCAGUAUACGAACGAGCAAGGUCACCAGAAGAGGCACAACUCGUUCAAACAAACAAAACAAGUUGCACAGCAAGUAAAAUCAUGACGUUAUAUAUGAACAAACAUUACGAACAGGGACAGUUGUUGUCACCCGUUAGUUUACAGAAGGGUUUGCUGACUCUGAAAGAAGAAGACCACCGACAUGCAGACGACACUGAGGUAUUUCUUCACGACGACGAUGUCGAUUCCGCACGUGAUAAAUCAUUUUUUGAUUUGUCAAGCGUUGCGAACUCAAAUAUGUCGAUGUUUAAUGGGAAUCAAAAUCCACAUUAUGUGUAUCAAUCUUCUAAUGGUAGCUGGAAUGAAAUGAUGGGUGACUACGACGAACAUGAAAACGACAAUAUAACAGUCUCGAGUAGUGUUAAUAACCUACCUGGAAACACUAGUCAGUAUUCAUUUUCCACAUUCAACGAUCCCGUGUUUACAUUUAAAGAUACACACGAUAAUCAUUCACCAACAGUUUCACCGCCUAACAGUCUUCCUAUAUCAAAACCACCGCCGUUACCUGCACUCAUCCUUACAGAUAAAUCACCAACAAGAUAUAGCGAUAAAACGUCUCCAGCCGGUGUUUUGACUCCUUUAACACCACUGGGAGGAGUGUCAGGAUUGGGAUCCACAUUUGGUAGCCCUACUCAUUCUAGUGCGUUCACACAAAUCAACGCAACAAGGGAGUACACAAGCUACAAGGAUAGUACGUACACAUCUUACGGUAAACAAAAUGACUAUGUGACGUCACCAAAUAACGAUAUGAACCAAGUUGGACAUUUACCCACGAUGAUGCAUAGAAGUACUAGUUUUACAGACUUAAAUUACUCUGCACAACAACACGAAAUGCUAUCCAAUCCUAUGUUUUUACAACAAUCAAGAAUUUGUAGUCCGAGUAUGACUCCGUUUGUAAAGUAUAACUACCAACAAUGUGCAAAUCCGGACGUUUUGAAUAGCUUAUAUCAACAAGAAGCACACAUUAAUAUGCAAUUUGGCGGAAAUAUGUCCAACAUGGGAUUUCUACCUUCAAAUUCAUCCAAUGAGGCGAUGGCUAUGAACAAUGUCAUGGCAGGACCGAUCAGUCCCCAUGGUGGUAUGUUACCUGAUAAACUGAAAAUAUCCGGCUGUAACGAAGACAUCGUAAAUGAUUUGAACUCAAAAAAAGUUGGAAAUAAGGGGUAUUUAUGCGAACUGUGCGGAAAAUUAUAUACAAGAAAAUACGGACUUAAAAUUCACAUGAGAAUUCAUACUGGAUUCAAACCGCUGCGUUGCAAAUAUUGCUCGAAACGUUUUGGAGAUCCAUCCAAUAUGGCGAAACAUAUUCGCCUUCAUGCUGUCGGCGACACUCCGUACAAAUGUCAGUUUUGCGCUAAAGUAUUGGUACGACGUCGUGAUUUGGAUCGUCAUAUUAAAUCUCGACAUCCCACUGGUCAAUAAAACUUUCAAAAUGUAAAUAUAGUUAUAUUAAAGAAAUUAUCAGAUUAUAAAUAGUGUAUAUAUGAACAAGGUCUUGAUUUUACUUUCCGUUUUGGGAAAAAUUUUCGUAUAGUUAUGUGUAUCGGUCGAGAUUUUUUUACCGGCGUUAUUUUACAUCUUUUCUUAAGAUGUGAGAUUUACUACAAAGCUUUCUAAGUUUAACUGUUUUAAAUUUUUAAACAGAGUAAUUUUUUAUUCUUUUUUUGUUGAUGUUGUUUUACAUUUAAAAAAGCAGCAAAAUAUUUUAUCUGUGAGAUAGAAAUAAUUG